AUGGCAUCAUCCGUCCCAGGUGAUAGACCGCUUCCGGAAUCCAGGUAUGAUUUGUCCACCUACUGGGGCAGAAUAAAGCACUGCGCAGAGAUUUCGGACCCAUCGAUGCUUCUCACGACGCAGGCUGACCUGGUUAAAGCCCGCGAGAUAGUCAAGUCGUACAGGGACGGGACUCUGAAGCAGCCUACUCCUCAAUUCUGGCACGCUAAGAAGGAGCUGGACUCGACGGUGCACCCAGAUACGGGCGAAACGGUUCUUUUGCCCUUCAGAAUGUCCUGUUGCGUUAUCUCCAACACGGUGGUCACUGUCGGUAUGCUGACACCAGGAUUGGGUACCGCCGGUACACUUUUCUGGCAGUGGGCAAACCAAUCGCUGAACGUUGCUAUCAACUCUGCGAACGCUAACAAAUCGCAUAAGUUGAGCACUCAGCAGUUGCUGGUGAACUACGGUGCUGCAGUCGGGGCAUCCUGUGGUGUGGCACUUGGCCUAAACAGUCUGGUCCCCAAGUUGAAACAUCUUUCCGCAAAUUCAAGGUUAAUCUUGGGGAGACUUGUCCCCUUUGCAGCUGUUGUCACCGCUGGUGUCAUCAAUGUGUUCCUAAUGAGAGGCAACGAGAUAAGAAAGGGUAUCACCGUGUUUGACAAGGACGGCGAGCCCGUGGGGAACUCGAAGAAGGCGGCAUUCCUAGCGGUGGGCGAAACUGCUUUGAGCAGGGUGAUAAAUGCGACUCCGAUCAUGGUCAUCCCACCAUUGCUGCUAGUCAAAUUGCAGAGGGGUGCUUUAGGCAGAAAAUCUAAGGGGAUCCAGACUUUGGCCAAUUUGGGGCUAAUCACUGCAACGUCCUUCAUGGUGUUGCCAUUUGCUCUCGCGGUGUUCCCGCAGAGACAGGCCAUCCAUGUCUCGAAACUGGAGGAAGAACUGCACAGCAGGAAGAACUCGAAGGGCCAAAAGAUCGACCUAGUAUACUUCAACAGAGGUAUCUAA